CUUUCCUCAUGAACUGCCUCUUCAACGGGUGCUCGAAGCCGGUCGUGCCAUCUCUCGACAAGUGCGCCUUCCACCGCUACCGCUCCAAGUGCAAAGUUGACGGCUGCUUCAACCAAGUCUACGCCCGCCUUCUCUGCGUCAGCCACGGCGGGAAGAAGACGUGUCAGUCCCCAGGCUGCGCCUCGCCCGUGCGGAUCGGCGAUUUCUGCACCAAGCACACGACACGGUCCAGCAUCACCUGCUCCGUGGACGGGUGCACUCAAGACACGGCCGCCGCCAACCAAACCACAUGUCCGCUCCACGGCGGCAGCAGCAACUGCGCCGUUGACGACUGCGUUAAGCCCGCUCGCAUGGGCAAAUUCUGUUGGCACCACCGCAACCGUGUGCUCUCCAAGCCCAUGCCGCAAGACGCCUUGCCGUGCAACGACGGCGACGCGUUGAUCCUCAUGCUCGACGAGUGGAUGAUGGACGAGUCGCUCGCAUCCUCGCUCGCAGACGACUUUAUCGACUUUGAUGGGAUUCUAGACGACAUCAUUUCGUUCUAAACUCGAUGUAAACAAUCUAUUUAUACUUGUACC